UUGGUGGGGUCGAGGCGAGGUAUCAGACCUCGCAGAGGAUCUAUGGAGAGUCCUCACCAUGCCAUGAGCUGCUUCGGACUGAUGGAGAAGUAUAUUCUACCGAAAGCCUGCCACUCGGUUGUGCAUUGCGCUGUACCUCUGUACGGCGGGGAAGGCGAGGGAUGGAUUCGGAUGGAUUCCCGUACGAGCAGCGACUGCGUUCGACACAUCACAAGCCUGGACUGCAACGCGAUUCGUCAGCAUUGCAUAUGAUAUUUAGCAGCACUUCCGGGUGGCUGAAGCAGGGGCCUCUGGAGCGGUCGAGUCGCCAUUGGCGAUGAGCCGGGCUCCAUUCGUAAGGCGACAAGAGCACCGAGCUACACUGUGUCGCCAGUCGCGCUCGCCCUCGCUUCGGCCCUCGAAUCUGCGAGCCCAAUUUAAGCUGGUAUUGCGAAACUGCUACCCGGCAAAUCGGUGCACAAUUGCCAGUGUGUGUGCUGUCGUGCCACGAGCACGUGUGCCUCCAAACCAAACCACGCCGAGACGAGCAUAUUCCUCCCCUCCUGUCCGUGGUUUCAAGGAACCAGGUCUUAUCCAGACAAUGGCUUUGCAAUCGAUCCAGCGUCGUUCCUUCCUUGACGUCGUCAGCAAGUCCUUGGGAAUUCGAUCCGCCAUCGAUGUGGACAGAGCCCGGCUCAUCCGCUUUUCAUGACGGUCCGGUCUGCACAGAAGUGCAGUCACCGAGCUGUCGGAAGGUGAGUUCAGUUCGAGCACCUGAUGCCUCGAGGACAGAGACAGAGACAGAGAGAGAGAGAGGAUGGUGGGGCAAAGGGUUGCUGGAGCCCGCCAAUUUGGAUAAUUUCGCCGUCGACUCGACGGGGAAUGGUGACUGUACAAUUUCUGUUGCUUCGCGGACAGAGGGAGGGAGGGAGGGAGGGAUGCUGGAGAGAUGCAAUGCUUCUCACAGAUUCGGUUGGGCCUGGGCUUGCAGUUGGGUCAGGCUUUAUCCGGAUUUCGCCUGCAGGCAGGCAGAGAGAGAGAGAGCUCGUACAGUGUCUGUCAGUCGGUGGGCGAGCGCAUUUCUAUAUCACGGGGUCGCUGCUGCUCGCGACUCGACUCGACCUGUGGUCGGUUGA